AUAUUGCAUUUGUGAGCUAGGUAGCGACAUAUUAUCAUGGCUACCAACGCUUGGAAGUUAUUGAUUUUGUCAUUUCUCAUAAAAAGUUUUGCAAAAUGUGAUGAUAAUUUUAUGAAAAGUAGUUUAGUAUUUGUCAUCGAUGAUACGGGUUCGAUGGCAAAUGUUAUAAAUACCGUGAAACAAUACGCCAACAGAAUAUUUGACGCUGUAUUGAAUAAUGAAGACUCGCAAAUCGAUAAUUUCGUUUUAGUGACGUUUAAGGAUCCUUACGUUCGCCAACGCGUCGUGACGAGAGAUCGUAAUGCAUUCAAACAAGCUUUGGACAGCAUAAUUGUAGGGGGAGGUGGUGAUUGUCCAGAGUUUUCAUUGUCAGGCAUAGAGCUCGGUCUUGAGCUAAGUCUCCCGCGGUCUCAAGUAUAUGUGUUCACUGACGCUUCAGCAAAAGACUACUCUAUUUAUGAACAAGUCAAGAACCGCGCUCAGGAGAAAUCAUCACAGAUUAUAUUCGCAUUGACUGCUGGAUGCGCAAAUGAAAUAAUACUGGAACGCUCAUUGGUAUAUGAUCGAUUGGCGUCAGCGACCUCCGGCCGUGUAUUCCAUUUAUGGACACAAAACAUUGACGAGCUACUGAACUGGCUGGUUGAAAACGUGAAAGGGCGAAUGGCUGUAGUGGCCAAGAAAGAGUUUCCACCAGGAUACCAUAAUUUAACUUAUACCAAAGACCAUCAUACCAGCCAAGUGUUUAUAUCAGUCACAGGGACAAAACCACAAAUUCACGUCGUUGACCCUAAAGGUUCCGUAGCGCCCACGAGAAAGGUUAUUGAUAGAUCUGAAAGUGCGGUUGUUAAGGUGGAAAGUCAAGAAACUGGCACUUACACAGCAUCAAUAAGCAGUCCAAGUAAGACGAGCGUUAUUGUCACUGGGAAAACAACAAUUGAUUUCGUACACGGAUUUUCUACUUCCAUACCCACAUCUAUAAAGGGAACGUCUACCAAACCGCUACCAGAUGUCAAGUCAUACUUAUUGAUCGAUUUAGAUAUAUUGAAAGGUGGCGAAGUAAAAUUAACCAGCAUUCGAAUAUUGGACUUGGAAGACAAUGUAUUGUUGGAACAACAACUGAAAAUUGUCGAUGAGGAGACGCGUUUGUAUGCUACUGUUGAUCCUUUUGAACCACCGAAACAGAUGUUUAAUAUUCUUGUGACUGGCUAUGUCGUAGACAAUAAUGAGGUAGUUAAGAGGAUGGUUCCUACACCUCUUGAACCCGAAUCAGUUGCACCGCGCAUACAGGAUAAUGGUAAAACGACGUAUACUGCGCUGAAAGAAUAUGACACAGUUCUGAAGAUCCCAUGCCAUGCUACAGGAUACCCGAAGCCAACCAUGACGUGGAAAGUUGACGGGAAACCCAUUCCGGAAGGUUCGAAAUACUCGGUCAAGGAGGGAGCAUUGAUCGUUCGCUCACCACUUGUAAGUGACAGCGGCGAAUACACUUGCACAGCUACGAACAAACUAGGGACAGACAGCAAGGUCUUCAAAGGAAUUGUGGAAGAUGGAAUAAAUAGAUAUGACAAGGUUCAUAACGUUCAUGUAUUAGCAGGAAAACAGUUUGAACUAAAAUGUCAGCUGCCAUAUUCAGAGUCUGAUGUAAUUACGUGGUUUUACAAUGAUCAACUAAUCAAUACGAAACCUCACACAAAGACACUGCACUUGGAAGGUGACAUAUCUAAAGAUGGUAACUACUCAUGUCGAGUCAGCAACGAAAAUGGCUAUGUGAUGGAUACGUACGAAGUAGACUUCGGAUUCGCCCCAACAUUCAAGGCCUAUCAGGAUGAGGUAUUUGAUUGGAGAGGCAAAGGAGACAUGGAUUGUGCUGUAACUGCUAAACCUAGUGCUACGGUCCAAUGGAUUUAUAACGGGAAACGUAUAGGCGUAGAUGAUGAUCAAUUGAUUUUGCCGAUAUCUGGAUUGGGACAGUACAUGUGUAUCGCGACUAACGCCCAUGGCUCCGUAAAGAGAAAUUUCAAUAUAACCACCUCAGCCUGCCUUAUAAACAACAAAGAGGAUUUGGACUGGCGUUCACCGAUUUUCGUUGCUGAAGAUGGAAAAUGGUUACAUGGUAAAACAGAAAACGACUUUUACGUAAUAUCUAAUGAAGAGAAACUCACUUUAUCCUGCCGAAGCCAGGACUCAGUGCCGAACUCGUUUAGAACGCUUCCAGGAACUGACGAAGUUAAGGCUACAUGUGUUGGUGAAAAUAAGUUUUUAGUCGACGGAAAAUCUUACAAAUACUCUGAUUUAAAAUGUGAUCGAGAUAUUAAGCCUCAAGUGAAAAGAACAGGAGAGCAGUGUUUCAACAAAGACACAGAAAUGAUUCAAAUCGGUUACCAGCUUAAAGAAUUUGUUGAAGUAUACAGAGUUUGUUUCGACGUCGUAAACAAUGUUCCAUUGUACUCACAAGUCAAAAAUCUUAACGAUAACAAAUUUACUGGAUCUGUGCCUCAUUGGCACGUAGCUCCCGGCUUAGAAUCCAAAAAGAAAAACUCGUAUACCUACAAUAAGUCAUCGCAAAAUUGCGGUGUCGUUAAGAAACAGUUGCUUAAUGGCAAUUACGUUCCCUUUGGUGCGGCUCAGCGUAGUACCUUCAUUGAAAACUUAAACACAGUACCCGUUUGGCAAAACUGUGAUAAUUCUAGAGCGGAUUGGAGUGACAUAGAAUCAGCUCUAGAACUCUAUAUUGACGAAAUUGAGAGCAUGUGGUCGGGGGCAAGUCACUAUGUUGAUGCUGGGGCCGAAUAAUGCCUGAGUAUUUGUGGAAGGUCGUAAAAUUGGUGGACGUGGAUCCAAUCGCGAUAGUAUUCGUUAACGAUCAACGCCCGAAAGAGAGUCAACUCCUUUGCAAGAAUGUGUGCCCUGUCGGAGGUGAAUCACUGGUGGAAUACGCUGACAAAUACACUUAUUGCUGCAAAAUGAAUGACUUCCUCACAGCAUUGAACAUUCCUAAAGAAGUGUUUACCGUUUAGUACAAACCUAGUAAUAUAACAUUAUAUAAUUAUAUAGUUUUUAUUUUGGAAAAUAUUUGAAUUGAGAAUUGUGUGACACAAACAAAUAACUACCCAACAAUUAUUUAUUUGUACGGAUUUAAUUCAUAGGCCCUUUAACAGUUCAUAAUGUUACAAAGAAUAAAUAUUAUUUUGGUAUUGUUUCUCCUAAAAUAUUAUAAUAAACUUAGGACAUUAUUCAAAUCAAUGUCGGUCAGCCUCAGAUAGAUCUGCCGUAUCAUCGUCUGCUUUAUUGUUUGCUUCGCCUUUGAUCCCCAUUCUCUUCCAGCGUCGCCUAGUCACGGGAUACCUACCGACCUACAAAAUUCUAACUACAUCAAUCUGUUUUGGAGUCUUCAUACCGUUUUAAAAAGCAAUUCCAAUCGAAUAUAUAUAUUUGUAAAAUGCA